AGCGAAUGGUUGGUUGGUUGAAUGUUUACUACUACACAUUUCGUGUCACAAAGUACAAGUGCAUUGGAAAACAAGCAACAAACGUGUGAAAAAAUGGAAAGAAAAAACUAAAAGGAACAUUUGUUGUUUUUGCGGUGAUGCAUUUGCUAUUCUGGACGCUUAGACGCGGCGCGUGUGACUCCAAAAGAUAUUAAAUGACAUUCACAUGUAGUUAGUGUGGCGAAAGAAAGACACUGGAGUGCAGUGAUAUUCAAAAUUAAUACGGAAAAUAUUUAAAAUAUUUUACAUACUUACUAUGCAAAGGAAAUUUGUUGUGGCUGCUUAGCGGUGACAGUGUCGAAAUGUGCAGAAAUUUCGUAUAAUGAAUACAACAAAAGCAAUCGAUUCGUGAAUAACGUUUAAGCAAAAAUUUGUGCACAUACAUAUUUAUGUACUAAGCCUAUUUCCAUGGUGAUAUAGUACGGCAGUGUGUGUUAUCUGAUAGUUUGGAGAGCAAAAUAUUUUAAAAGCUCCAAUCGCGAAUCAUUUUUUCAUUUAAAUAUGUGUGCAUGUAUAUGUAAGUGUAGUUUAGCACUUGCAUGCAAGCAAUAAAAUGCGCGCCUGCGCACUGAUGCAACUCUAAGGAAAUCGCUGAAAAAAUCGCUGAAAAAAUCGCAUUAGAAAAAAAACAAAAUUUGAAUAUGAAUUUGAAAAGAAUGUGUUAAACUUGUACGAGUACGAGCUGUUGCAAGAGUUUUCCUACUUUUAGCACAUAAAAUAGCGCGCAACAACAGAAAUCUACAAAUGCAAUCCAACCGGGGCCGCUAUAACAGUAACGGGCUGUUGCAACGCGCAAAUAAAAAUUGUGAAAAUUAAAAAUUUUUAGUGUAGAAACGCAGCGCAAGCACAACUGUAAAAAUAAAUUAUAAACUAAUAAAUUAAUAUAGCAAACUAGUGUUACAAUGGAAACGGCAAAUGCACCGCUGCUUACCGCCUCCGCCCCAGCUGCUGCGGCUGUAACGCCCACAAGGCCACUAAAAACCACUGCAGCAGCUACGGCUGCCGCCGCCAUCGCCGCCGCAGCGGCAUCAUCAGCAUCACCACUAAGUGAUUUAGCCGCCUCAGUAGCGGUAAAUACCACAUCUACACAAACACCUAGCGCUACUCCAACAGCUGCUCUAUCGCCCACAAUGCCAGUGCCAAUGGCGGCAACAACAGCAACAGCUUCUUCAUCGCCAACACCUUCGCCAUCAUCGGCGUUUACCGCAUUCGCCACCACACAGGCGCUGCUGCAGCUACCUUUGGAAUUGCAGCAGACACUGGCGAGCGCGGCCGCUGUGGCCGGUUACCUACCAUCAACGUAUCUAAUGGAUUUAUAUAACAGCAGCACAAUUGCGAACACAGCAGAUCCAUAUCCGGAUGCACCAACUCAAUUGGUGCCUUGCCCCAUCUGCCGCCGUACCUUCAAUCCGGUUACGCUGCAGAAGCAUGUGGGCAUUUGCGAGAAAAUGGCGACCAAAAAGCGUAAUGUUUUUGAUUCAUCACGACAGCGACGCGAAGGCACCGAAUUGGCUAGCUAUCCGUUGCCGAAGAACUUCGGAUUGCCGACAACGAAGCAAGAGCCGCGCGGACAGUCACCUAAGCCGUUGCAGCACAUUGCUUCACCCAUAUUGACGCGCAAAAAGUCGAACGGCGGUGAGGAGCUGGCGCGCAGUACCGCACGCGCCUCAAUGCGCAAAUUGGCAACCGCUACCACUGCACACAAUCAAUCACAUAGCGUCACACCCUCAGCCGCCGCCACCAGCGCCGUUCCCGCCCACAACGCCAACAGUCAAAUGAACGUGUCAACCUCGUCGACCACAUCGCUGCCCGGUGCCGGCAACUUUACACGCGAUCGUAUGCGCUCGUCCGAGCGUUCACUCGCCAAACGCAUACAGCCACCGCCGGCCGAACAGUGUCCACACUGUGAACGCUGCUUCGGCCCGAAAGCCUACGACCGGCAUGUGGAGUGGUGCAAGGAAAAGGCAUUGCAGGCUUCCAUCAAACAAACGGCAAAAACCGAACAAAACUUGGCCAAAGAGCGACUGGAGGCGCGCACAAAAUACCGAGCACCCUGUCUCAAAACUAAGCGUUCGAUAAAUCGUGACAAAUACGCGGGUUUGGCAGGUGAUGAGAACGAAAUCGGCGACAGUGUGAGAGCGGGAUACGCCAGUCACCAUAACAAUAGCAGCAGCAACAACAAUACCAGCAGUAGUAUACUAAACGGUAUUAGCAGCAUCGAUGACAGCAACAAAUUUAACAGUAGCGGCAACAAUAACGGGCUUAUGUCACUAUCGAUGACAUCUUCACUGACCAGUGAGAGCGGUCUACCAUCCGACAAAUACGAUCCUUUCAUCUCGGCAAAGCGUCAACUGGAGGAGCUUUGUUCAUCCUCACCCCCAAGCAAUCCUUCCUUCUCCCCUAACGUCUCACAAACUUCUCCACAAACUCCUUCGGCUCUAGCCGGUUUGCCCACAAAAAUGUCCACUUCCCUCACACUGAGCACUUCUACGCCCCUCUCGAGUCCCUUGACGACAAACUCACAAAAUCAGCGCAUACCGACGACACCUUCCGUGACCACUAACAAGACAUCAACGAACUUUCGACGCACAUCAUCUUUACGUGGUCCGCGUCGUUCGCCGAUGCUCUCUUCACGUCCAUUGUUUGCGCAAAAUCAUCGUCCUACUAUACAACGUGGCCUCUCUGACGAGGGACCAAUCUCAACUAACUUUCUUAAACCGGAGGAAUACGACGAGAUGCCGGUACGUUCGGUGUGUGUAAACGAUUACGCAGUUACAAAGAGUCCACGUGUCGCUCGUCGCGAUAAUAGUCUCUCUAAUCGUAAACAAAGUCUCAAACUCAAUGUACAGGGUAAUGCAGCUGCGGUGGCAUCAAACUCCGCCACGAAUACUCCCAAUUGCUCGACUAUGUUGGGUGUGAACAGCAGUGAUGAGCUAAUGAACUCAGCUGCCAAAUAUCUCUCCAAAACCGACUCACUAGCGGCAUUCCUCAAGUACGAGAGAGACCUAGAGAAACUCAACGCACAAACCACAACAGACGCUAGUGUUAACGCGUCCUCCAAUAAACCAAUUGAACUUAGUGCGUCCAACUCUCCAGCAACGAACCUCAAUAAUCCCGUCAUAACGAAGGAGUUCAAAGACAAGAGCAACACAUUGAGUAAGCAAAACUCCGCCAAGAGUAUCAAAGCAGAAUAUAUCGAAUCAUCAAACUGUUCAGCAGGCGGUGUGGAACAGGAAAAUGUUUGCCAACAUCUGCCCACGCCCGUUCCAAACACCCCAUCUACAGCUGAGGUUUCGGCAUACGAGAGAGAAACUGUGAGCCCGCAAAAGACACAAGCACUGCGGUUAGAGCCUAUAACGUUGCCUCAUGUCACUUCCACGCCAGCAGCAAAGCAGAGUGCAGAGCUUAAAGAGGCCACGCCAACACAAUUGCCAAUUGUAAGUCAACCAAUUAACUUAAAUGCUCACUACAGCGGCUCGAAGCCGCAACCGACUACAUCCCUAUCCGCGUUCGGUAAGGAUGGUAAGAGCUCCUCAAGCAGUGAAUACAUCGACCCCAAGUUAAUAAAUAAAUGCGAUAAUCUUCCAGUGAAUCUAAACCCUGUGCGCACUCUGAAAUGCGUAGGCGGUAACAAUGCGGAACGUCGCCCUGAUUUCUCUUCCUCCUCCUCAGAGUGCUCAACAACGCAGACCGGCCCGAUUUCGCAGCUAACAAAGUUACUGCCGCUUACAAAACCGACUGAGAUCCAACAUUUGGCGUCACAAAAUGCGCCAGCGGUGAAAGCACCCAGUCAGGCCGUGGACAUUCCUGCUCGACCGCCAAUGACUGAAGAUGCUCAGGUGAAUACUCAUUCGACAUUAAGUCAACGCAGCUCAACUGAAGGCAGGAAUUUGCUGAAUCGCAAAAAACGACUCGGACGCAAUCAUUUUCUUUACGAUGGCUCUCCCGAAGCAGAUGACUCCUGCUCUGCUGACGAUGAAGCGAAUCGUUCGUCGGCUGAAUAUUAUGAAUCUAAGUAUCGAUCGUCGUAUCAGCAGCAGCAGCAGCAGCAGCAGAAACAACAGCAACCGCAGACAUAUUUCGCUAAUACGCAUGGACAGUUCGCGCCACUGAAGACGCCGCCAAUUGUACCUCCUUUACCAAUUUUCGACGACUUUGACUUUGAGGAAUUUCUCUCGUCAUUCGAGAAUGACGAUGAACAAUUUCCUCUAUUUAAGGACUGUAGGGAAUUUCUCUUGAAUCGCACGUCGAAUAAGCAACGUUCGACGCUGACGCCGAAUUCAAUGUAUACGAAUAACAGCAACACUCAAAACCACACAACGGAAACAAAAGACUACAACAACACUAACAAUAGUUUUCAAUUCCCAAGUCUCGCUCCCAGCAAACAUCCCUAUCCCACACUCCUACUAACUCCCUCUACCCGCAGAUCGCGCGAUGACUCACGUCCAAAAAGCAAGGAAUCCUCACCAACAACCGACAAAUACGAAGAUCUAAAGCGCACCGCCACGCAAGGCGUAACUUAUGACGACGACAAACGUCAUGCUGACGCCGAACAUAAAAAACGUGAGAUCUUUAUCAGCAUCGAGACGGAGCCGAACGAGCACGGUCGUUCACCCAUUUCACCCGACUCGCUGCGCAACAUGGUAGGCAAUCCACAGACAAUGGUCGAAGUUGAAGUCGACGGCUGUGACAACAAGUUCAGCAAGAUUAGUGAUGAUGAUGAGCAACUGCCGUCGGGGCAUCACGGCAGUAAAGGUAAAAUAGAAAAUACGAUGAUGCGCUGCACACCCUUCGCCACUGGCAAUCAUUUGCCUAACGUGCAGCUAAACAACGCCAAGAAUUUAAUACAGCGAAUGCAAAAUGACUUUCGGCAAAUGAGCGAAGAAGUGGGUGCCAACAUACGCCAGGCAAUGACCGGACUCAAUUCAACCGCGGGAAAUGCAUCGAUGUUGUAUGGUGGCGAAAAUGUUGCCAUGAGUGCGGGCGUUGAUGGGCGAGGUGGUACAUAUGUGCCACGCCACAGAAAUGCAUCGCCGCCACCAUCGGCAACAACCAUGGGCGCGGUGCCGCCAAUGUAUGCGGCCUCGGAAGAUGUCAGCGGUGAUGCGUGCGGCGACUCAGACGACAUGAGUAGCCUGGAUGGUUAUCCAAUUUCAUCGAAGUCGUCGCGACGUGGUGUCGGCUCCAAACUUAGCGCUGACUCUGCGUACGGGAGCCUCUCACGCCAGAGAUCCUCAGAGCUGUCGACCACACCGUAUCGCUGUACAGGCCGCAGCCGUCCCUCUACCAGCAGCUCUGUCUCCACCAACACUACGCCGCUGCCCACAUUGCUAGCCGAUGCGACAACACAACAUCAGCAACAACAACAACAGCAGUACCACUACCAACAGCAGCAGCAACAGCAACUGCCACAACAAAAUACGCAACUGUAUAAAUACGCGCCAGUGAAGACGCGUCCACGACGCAUUAGCGGCUCAUCAAGCAGUGAUAAUUCGGAUAGUUUGGACUGCAAUAUUAAAUAUAAGCAACAAUUGCAACAACAACAGCAACAGCAGCAUUACAGCGGUGUCGGCAAUAAGAAUAUCACCAGCAACAACAACAACAACAAUAACUACAUCAGCAAUCAUUAUGCGCCACAUCACAGCAACUUAAUGGGCAACAAUAAUCACAGCAUAAACAACAACUAUGACAGCUCGCUCAGUUCGCCGACUACGACGACAACAACAGGAAAGGCCACCACCAUCGCGCCUACAACUGCAGCCACGUUAACGGACGAAUUGCAGGCGGCAGUGACGGCCACAAAUAAGGGCCAAUACAGUUCGAGCAGCUCACUUUCGAGUACGAAUGCGGCAAUGAGCGCGAGUAUGAAAAUGUCGAAAUUCUGCCAUGAAUGUGGCGCUAAAUUUCUAGUCGAACAGGCUAAGUUUUGUAUGGAUUGUGGUGUUAGGCGCAUCGUACUCUAGAUGUGUAAUGUAGUUGUAGUUGUUGUAGAUGAGAAUUAUUCGCUUAGUCAUACACACAGUCACACGUAACACACAGGCCACACACACACAAACUCAUGUAUGCAUAGAUAACAAACAAGCUUUUAUAAAUAUUUAUACAUUUAUUAACAAUUUUUUUAAAAACAUAAGUGAAAUAUCGAGAAUCAACAAAGAAGAAGCAGAAAAAUCGAAGGCACAUCAAACAUCAAAAUGUGCACAAAAGUCACAAAAAUAAAUGCAUACAUACUCGUACGUAAAUUCAUAGCUGCUAAAAAAUUAUGAAAAUUUCUUCUUACACGCAGUCCAUUCAUUCCAUCGAUCAUCGUGCUUUACGCUUUUCCCAUUCGCUUAAUUUUCAUUACAAACUUGGCGAAGUAUGUAGCUAAAUCAUUGAGAGCAACAAAAAAUGGAAAUUUGUCAUUCCAAGUGGCAACACUAUUGAUAAAUCUGCUAAAACGAAAAAAAUUAAUACUUCAACAACAAAUCACAAAAGCAAGAAAAUAAAACUGAAAAAAUGGCAAAGCAAAAUAUAUUCAUGUAGAGAAAAUUUACUAAAUAUUUGAGAAAGAACUAAUGUAGAAGGAAGAAAAACUGGCGUAACUCACCAAGUACAUGUCAAGUAUGUUCGCACAUAGCAUAGGUAAAUAACAAACGUGCACAUAUGUUGCGGUAGUGCGCCUGCAAGUAGGCUUAGUAUACUUAGGAACUAUAUUUUGUGCGUAUACCAAAUUUUAUUUAACCUGCGCUUUAACUAAUUUAAUUUUACUAAAUGUAAAAAAUAAAGAAAAUUAUAUUUUAAAAUAAAACAAGAAAUAUUCAAAUUUUAA